AUGGCUUAUAAAUACAGGCGUUUGGUGUUGACUUUCGCUUGUGAGGAUUUCUUGUUGCUUCUUGCACUUGUUGUUACUUUACGCUGGCGCAGACGACAGAAAAGACGUAAUGUAAAGCCUAAAAGGUUUUGGGUUCGAGAAAUCUCUCGUAAUCGCAAAAGAUGUGGGGAAUUUCACAAUCUUGUACUGGAACUUCGACUUGGUGAUCGUGAGCUGUACUUCAGAUACAUGUGCAUGUCACCUGAAAGUUUUGAUCACCUUCUUUCUCUGGUCAGCCCACUCAUCUUAAAGCGUACUACCAAAUUAAGGGAGCCAGUUUCGGCUGCAGAAAGACUGGCCCUGACUUUAAGGUUCCUUCCAUCUGGGAAUAGUCAACAGUCAAUGUCAUUCUCUUAUCGUGUUGGUAGACAAACAGUCAGUAGUAUUAUCAAGGAGACCUGCCGUGCUAUUUGGCAGGUGCUUAAUGAAAAGUAUUUGAGAGCACCAAGUUUGCCUGAUGACUGGGAGGACAUAGCAGAAGAGUUCAUGCAACUGUGGAAUUGUCCUCAUUGCAUUGGCGCCAUUGACGGUAAACAUAUUGCCAUUGAAUGCCCAGUCAACAGUGGUUCUCUAUAUCACAAUUACAAAGGUUUUUUCAGCAUUGUUUUACUGGCCAUUUGUGACGCUCACUACAUUUUCAACUUCAUUGAUAUUGGAGACUAUGGAAGCAACAAUGAUAGUGGAGUACUGGAAAACUCAGAUGUGGGAAAAGCCUUUGCUAAUAAUAGUCUAGGUGUUCCAGAUCCAGCUCCAAACUAA